CUCUCUCUCACACACACACACGAACUCAUCGCUGCAGUGAGGACGCGCACCAUGCUCAGGCUCUGAUCGCAGGAUCCUCUGCCUUUUUUGUUUUUUUGCUUUGACUUUUGAUUUCUAACAUCACGCCUGUUUGAGAGACUGAGCGAGUGUCCGAGUCCGCCUGCGCCGCUUCUCAUUCAGAGGAUUAGUCCUGAUCGCUUCCUUCAUGCGCUCUCAGUCAUCGGGCUUCACAUUAUGAGAAAGACUUGGGAGAGUUUGGAGAACUGGGAGCGGGCGGUUUGGCGAAGUCACGGAUCUGCUAUCGGUUCGCAGGCACUCGGAUGAAGUCUCCGGCUCUCUAAAUGCGUCUUCCCGAGCAGCCGAGAACAAUGAGCACCGGCUCGGGCAACUUUCUGCUCGUCCCCAUACCGGAAUACCCGGGCCUGGACUGUGUGCCCAAUAAAAAUGUGAAAAUAGUCGUCCUUGGAGCUAGCAACGUCGGGAAAACCGCCUUAAUAGUACGAUUCCUGACCAAGCGGUUUAUCGGUGAUUACGAAGCCAACACAGGGGCCUUGUAUUCAAGAAAGAUAAAUAUCGAUGGGGAGCAGGUUUCUCUACAAGUGCAGGACACUCCCUGUGUGUCAUUGCAGGAUGAUGCAGAGGGACUGUACUGCCAGGAACAGAUUAACCGCUCUAUCUACUGGGCAGAUGGCUAUGUGCUGGUCUUCUCCAUCACGGACAUGCACAGCUACCGGACCAUUCAGCCACUCUAUGAGCAUGUGCGCCGCAUCCAUCCAAGUGGCAACAUCCCUAUUAUCCUGGUAGGCAACAAGAAUGACCUGCUGAGGGCGCGUCAGGUACCCACAGACGAGGGCCAGGCUCUGGCAGCCGAACUCGGAGGACACUAUUUUGAGGCUUCGGCCCGGGAGAACCAUGAGGGAGUGCAGGCAGCAUUCCUGCACUUGUGCCAGGAGGUGAGCCGGGCACUGGGAGGGGCGAAUGGAGAGAAGAGGCGGGGAGGACUGCAUCUUGUUCGGCCAAAGAGUCCCAACAUGCAGGAACUGAAGAGAAGAUUCCGCCAAGUGCUUUCUUCUAGAGGGAAAUCGACAACAGCGGUGUGAUGAUAAUUUAAAGCCAGUGAUUGAUUCACAGGCCUGUUUGCGGAAGCGGGAGUCAAAAAGCUAAUCUUUUAUGUAUUAAUAAUGUAUGUUAACACUAUUUUUACUGCGAUAUUGACUAGGGGAACAAUAAAAAUGUUGAUUUUCAUACAGAGACAACCUUUUCCUAGAAGAACACACAUAUAGAAUAAUAUUAAAAAUCGAUGAUGAUAAUAAUAAUAAUAAUAUUAAUAAUAAUAUUAAGGAUAGUAAAGGCACAUUUGUUUAAAAAAUUUUUUGACAGCUUGUGAUUUUAAACCCAUAACAUUGUUACAGGUGUCUUAUCAUUUAUUUAAAAUGCAAUGAUAAAGUGUGAUGAAAUUAACGGCUGCAUGAUAAAAAAAUCCCUUGGGCAUGUUUUUUCUUUUAAAUAUCUCUAUAUGGUAAAGUAAGCUUUUGCACAAGUGGCUCUUAGACCUCCUUAGAUGGAAAAAUAUUUUUUUAUGUAUAUAAAUUGGAAUAACUGGUCAUGAAUUAAAGCAAUCAUUUUAUGGUUAUAAAGUUAUUUCUAAUAUUUCUUGGUAGCCAUAUAUAGGCCAGGCAUCUGGUGGUUCACAUGAACUUUUAACCCCUUAGGUUGUGUGAAGCCAAAGCAGAGGUUGGGUAAAUGUUUCAUAUUUCAUUCACUCGUUCCUUUAUUUAUCCUUCCCAACUUGUCAGGGGGAUCACAGCUUAAAGCCACUUCCCUGUUUUUCUGGAAUGUGAUCUUCAUUCACUACUCAUAGCCUUUGACCCUGUAAUCUUUUUCUUUUUACCUUUGACCUUUUAUUUUUCCUGUCUUGAUGUGAAGCAGAUUUUUUUUCCACUCUGUCUUAAUUUUCUGUCUGAUAUCUAUUGCAAACAAAGCAAAUGUGGAAGUAAAAGUCGUAUUUUGGUA